CACCAACAGGCCACCUGAUGAUGGGCUGGUCAUUUGGCCCCACCGAGAUAGACACGUGGUCACAACCAUCUGUGCACCUGUGGAAGAUCGCUACGCUGGAGGAGAUAACCUUGGCCUUGGAAAAUCUCUAACUGAAACAGAGAACAGAAAACAGGUGCAGGGUGGGGCUGGAGGCAUUUCCCCGGAGCUGAUGAGACCAAAACAUGCUUCGGUUUCACUAAGUUUAAAAUAAAAAUUGCCCUUUCAUCCAUCACACGUUCCCUUCUCUCUGGUCACUCAUGGACAUUGCAGCUUCCAUAGGCAAGUGGAGACAGCCACAGAGCCAGAGAAGAGGGUUAGGAAGGAGACUGAGAAGCCAAAAGAAAAUGCAACCUUUAUCACAAAUUCUUUUUCUAAGCAAAUGGGUGCUCUCAGUCUCCUGUGGUUGGCAGGUGUGGCCAGAGCAUCCCCUGGUGAGAGCCGGUGCCCCCCCUACUUAAACGUUUCUCUCCGACGUGUCUCUGGAGAAUUAAUAAUUUUUGGAGUCCCCCCACCCACAACACAAGGUUCACUUCUCUCGUGGACUGGACCAGUUUUUUUAGUGCCAUCAAGGAGGGGUUCAGCUCCCCUGCAAGUCUUUCUUGUUGCAGAGUUGGCUCUGCUAGGGUGGUCUAUCAGGAUCUGGUGGCUUAGAGUCACAGCACAUUAAUAAGAGAUUGCUAGAACUGAUUUCGAGCUGUUCAAUCCCAGAGAAAUUCCCUACACAUUUAAUUUCUCUGAGCUGCCAAUCAGGAGGUGCCCUCAGGGCUGAGUGGGAUUCCCCGAGCAGCUAUUCUGUUCUCACCAACCUUCCAGCAGGACCUUUGUGGAAAAAGAGAAAUGGGGGCCCAGAGCUCAAGCCACCUGGGGGAGAGACGGCGCCAGUACCUGAGAGGCCGGACAGAAGCUUUCCUGAACGACUUCAUGCCGCAUUACCGAAGGCAGCUUGCUGCGGCCUUUCUGAGGCAAAUCUCAAGAGAACUGAUGCCCCAGGGAGAGCCAGGCUUCCAGCUAUUGAAGAGUGAAAAGCCUCCCCGGGCCGUGAUGCAUGAGGGGAUUCUGACCCACUUGCAAGGGAACUCCCCGAAGUGGAAGGAAAGCUACUGGAUCCUACGUGGAGACUCAUCUCUAGAGUGGUUUGGCAGUAAAGAGGAACAGAAAUGUGGCGACGAGCCACAGGGGUUUGUUGCUUUGACUGGUUACAAACUAGUGACCUCAUGGAAGGAAUGUCUCUAUCAUAGUUCAACAGGGAACCAUCUCAUUCAAGAUCCAGAUCCAAUCAUCGAGCCCCCUUUGGGAUUUCCCAUCUAUCUCUGUCACCCUUUCCGACAGCCCCUUUGCUUGUGCACAGACACGGUAGAAUCCCAGGACAGCUGGAAGUCUGUCCUGAGAGAUGGGAUUCGGCGCCGGGGCACAGUUUUACAGAGAAGAGACUCCCCCGACUCGGAGGCCUUUCUGGAGGCAGUGAAGUCUUACAGGCAGGAGAAAGGCAUUUAUGGAGUCGACAGCCUCCUUUUGGGCACAGAUGCAGAGGUUCUCACCAAUCUGCUGAUGCGGGAUCUGUUGCCGAAGCUUCGGGCCCAGAAGCCAGCCAUGCUCCGGGGUGUGGGAAGUCGGAGGAAAUGGGCCUGGAGGAAGGUAACUCCUCCACUCUGCUUCCUCCUAUGCACAGAAUUGUCAUUGCUGGAGCCACACAGGUUUUUGCCUCUUGCUCAAGUCCAGUGUCUCCGGGUUGGUGGCCAAAGAGUAGAACAGGGCUUCUCCACCCUUAAGGUCUUAUCUCCUCUGUUUCCCUUUUCUCUCUUUCCCUCACUCUUUCCUUCUCCCUUUCUAUCUAUCUCUGUCUGGCUGCUGCUGUUUGAACAGUUCUUAGAUGAAAUUUAUAUUCUAGUAUUAAAGCUGGUCUCCUCUGAACUCCAAAAUUUCCAUCAAGAAAAGGAAGAACUCCAGAAAGAGUUGGAGAAGAAAAUUCGUCCCGAUGCCGAUCAGAUGCUUGCAUUAAGCAACCAGAUUGCUCAAAAACUUCAAAGUGAGAAUUGGUUGGAGGAGGAAGACGUUGCUUUGGCCUGGAGCAGGCUGGCAGAUGGGCAAGAUUCAACUCCCAAGUGUCUCUGCCACCUUUCCACCCCAAUCCCUGCCUCCCACUUCCCUCCCCUUUGUUUGCUCACUUUCCAGUGACUGGCCAGGACUUUCUUGAUGAGUCAGGGAAACAGACCUGUGACCCCUGUGUCUCCCCCCAGAUCCCAGAUACCUCCUCCUUCAUGCUUCAGCCCAGGCUUUCUGCCAGGCAUAGGGCCUCAUGAAACACUCUGUUCUUUCUCAGCAAUGGUAUGUGGCCCUGUUGAGUCCUCCCUCAGCCGGGAAGUAGAGCCUCAGCUGGCCUGGGUGAUGGAGGAGCUUCUGAAACCUGUUCACCAAGGGAUUGAUAUGAUUGGCACCUUCCUUGUCCAUCGAAUGGACAGUCUGAUCAGAAAUGUUCAGAGAAGUCGAGUUGUUGCUGUGCUGAAAGAGGAGGUUGGCUCAUUGGGAGAUUUGUCCUGGGACUUAGAACUGAUGCAGCCAUGCUACCAGAAAGCAGAGCUCUAUUGGGGCAAUCUUCAGGGUUUGAAGGAGAGAUUUGGUUUCCAUGGCACUAAAAACCUUGUCUUUAGUGCUCAGGAUCUCAUGCAACAGCUGAUGGAGAAUGCCGUGUACACCUUCCAACAGCUUUCAGCCCAACAUGUGUUCUCAGCCACUCGCCGAAGACACGUCCUCUGCUUGCUGGAGAAGGUCAAGGGGCGUGUGUUAAAAAAAUUUGAGUCUGACUGCAGAUUUGCUCAGAAGCGUUUUGUUCAAGAAUGGCUUGUCCAGAUUUUCCUUCCUUUCUUGCUGAGAAGGAUGGAGGUGAACUGCAAACUGGAGUUGCAUAAGUAUGAGAAAGAUGUGUUUGCAGACUAUAGUCAUAUCAUCACCAUUGAAAAUAUUUAUGAAGAUGUAGUCCUGAGUUUCCUGAACCAGAAGGUGAACAGAGGAAUAGAUACAGCAUCUGAACUAAGGGCCUUCUAUCCCGGGAAGAAGGAGGUAACUGCAGAGACAUGUGGUCAUGCUGCACUUUCCAUGUGGAAUUUAGAAACCAUUCAUUCUUCUCUGCAGUGGGACCUAGAUGCCUGCCAAGAUCUCCAAAAUUCCCAUUGUGAAGGAAGUCAGGAAGAAAUUGGGAGAAGUAGUAGGGAAACCUGCUCUACUCAGUGGCCACCUGAAUUGCUGGACAAGGACCCAGAUGAGACUGAAAGAAGCAAUCUUUUGGAGGAGUUGACUAGAGCCAUGGACAUGGACAUCUUCCAGACAGAUCUGUUAGAAAUGGAUAUGAAAGAGAAGGGUAACAUCAUUGAAUGGAGCCAGCCCACAGAGGUUUUGAAAUCCCAAUGCCCAGGACAGCCAACAGGAAGUGACAGUGAGGCAGGUGACGUACGAACACAGCUGAUGGUGGAUGGCAUAUACUCCAAUAUUGUGGUAAAGACUCUACAUGGAGGACUAAGGAAAGGAAAGGCAGAGGUCAUGGAAACACUUGAGGGGGAAAUAUUAUGAAAAGGGGCACCAUUAUCCAUCCUGGAGGAAAGGCAUCCAGCCUUCUGUUGAUGACAAUUAGGAGACAUCUAUCUACUCUGAAAACCAAAAUUCAGAGCAGCCUCUCCUAAGCUCAGGGACAAAAACAAAAAUAAUUUCAUAGGAUUCUACUUCUCUAUACAGGAAGGGAAAAUGUCAAGGUCAAAUAGUGAUAAAGGCUUUGGAAUAAUAAACACAUUGAUACAAGUUAAAUAAUUUAGUAUUUCAUAGCAUAAAUCUCACUGGGUCCUACCCUCAGGAUUUCACAGAAUUUUAGAAGAAAGAAGGAAAUAAGUAAGUACAUAUAUAUGCCAAGUAUUAUGAUCAGCAUUUUAACAGUAUUAUCUUAUUUGGUCUUCACAAUAACCCUAUAAAGUAGGGGUUAUACUAUAGGGGGCUAUAAUUAUCCCCAUUUUUGGCCAGUGGUUUGCCAUUUCCUUUUACAGCCCAUUUUACAGUUGAGGAAACUGAAGUAAAUGGCUUACCCAGGUUCACACAGCUAGUAAGUGUCUAAGACAAGAUUUGAACUCAGGUUUCUCUGACUCUAGAUCUAGUGUUUUAUCUACUGUGCCAACUAGCUACUUUUGAAAGGUGGCUGGGAAAGAAGCUGCUUCUGAUCCAUAUUUAAAAAAGAAUCUUUUCUACUAUAUUCCAACAAGUGGUUAUACAACUUCCAACUGAAGAUUUCUUAGGAAGGAGAAUCCUCGAUGUCCUAGAUUUUGGCCAGCUCUAAUCGUUUAGAAGUCCUUCCUUAUAUUGAGCUGAAAUCUGUCUAUGGGCAGUUAAGUGGCCCAAUCGAUAGUGUAUCAGACCCGGGGUUAAGAAGAUUCAUCUUUCUGAAUUCAAAUCUGACCUCAGAUAUUAAUUAGCUGUGUGACUCUGGGCAAGUCAUUUAACUCUAUUUGCCUCAAUUUCCUCAUCUGUAAAAUGGGCUGUAGCUUUGCCAAAAAACAAAACAAAAACAAAAAACCCAAGUGGGGCCACAGAGAGUCUAAGGUCAACAAAAAAUUGCCUCAGUAUAAUUCCCAUCACUGCUUCUGGUUCAACUCUCUGGAAUCAAAAAGAACAAAUCUUACCCUUUUCUACUUAACAUCUCUUUAGAUGCAUGAAGAUAGUGAUCAUGACUCACUUCCAAGCUCAACAUUCUCGGUGCCUUCAACCGACCUUCCCAUGGAAUGGACAUUAGUUCCUCUGCUUUCCUGGCUGCUCUCCUCUGGAUGUUGCCCUCUGUCAGUGCUAUGCCUAAAAUAUAGUGCCUAGAAUAGAAUACAAUUCUCCAGAUGUGACCUGAUCAGGACAGAUGAAUGAACCUUCUAUCUCCUCAGCCUUUUCCUGAAAGUCACCCUCCCCCCCAAUCCUGGACAUUAUACUUCAUCAAGAUACCACCUAAUAGCAUUUUAGGAUUUUUUGUUUGUUUUUGGCUGCCAGGUCACACUGUUGACUAACAGAGCUUAAGGUUUACUACCCCACUCUGUAUGCUUAUCUUUUUCACUUUUGUUGUUGUUGUUGUUGUUGUUGCAAAUAUGGAGACUAUCAAGGAGAUUUUUCACUCUUCAGAUUUAUUUUAGGCAAUCCUUCCCACAACAAAAAUGGGCUUUUUGAUGAUAUUAGUCCAUUAUGCCAGUAUAUAACCCAAAACCCAGGGUCUAUUGCAGGUACCAGACCCUUCACUUGCCAACAUUGUCACAUCUGGGAUAGAUAGACAGUCUUGAUAGUCAUUAGCCCUUCUCUGUGUAGAGAACAGAUUGGCCUGCUUGGCAGAUUUCUUGACUCCUGUCUUGGAUCACCAUUAAAGAUACCAUCAUUCACUUUUCCAUUCCUUCCCAGUGAGGGGGAUUGGAUGUGACUUUCAUUUAAAUAUUCCUCAGUCACAUUUCCCUCUUUUGAAGUACAAAUUAUUGGUUUCUUUCCCUUUCCCUGGGUCAGUAAUUUUUUAUUCCUGGUUCAAUGAAUCCCACCAUAUAUAAGACAUUACCUGUCAUGCUAUUAUUUUCAGUUUUGAGGUCAUUCUUAAUUAAGUUUUUUGAGUUCCAAAUUAAUUGUUUUGUGCCACCAUUAAAGCUUUGCCACCAGGUGACAAGAAAGGUGGCAGACGUUUCCUAAUGGAGAUGGAACCAUCUGGCCAUCACAGGAAGAUAUAAAUGGAACCUGCAGAGAUGGCAUAAGUGAAAUUCAGAGACAGAUUCUCAAUAAUAAUGAAGGUAACUCCUUAAAUUAAAAAAAAAUUGCACUAAAUAUUUUAAAUACCAGGCCCUUAUCGGAUAUAUCGAAUGCAAGAUAAUACAAGGUAUCCCAAAAGUUUUAGUACAGUUUUACGCAUUAAUAGCUCAAACUAUUAAACUGUUAAAUAAUAUUUAAUAGCUUAAAACUACAUUAAAACUUUUGGAGUACCCUGUAUAGGCAACCAACAAAAACAUACAAGUAAAAGAGAUAUCAAGAGAUAAGUGGUGAAAGAAUGUGAGCAAAUUCUCUAAAGAACUGCAAACUAUCACUAACCAUAUGAAAGAAUGUUCCAAAUCACUAAUAAUAAAUACAAAUCAUCCUAACCCUAAGGUUUAACUUCACAACUACAAAUUAGUAGUUGGGAAUAGUGUUGAAAAAGCUAUAGAAAGAUAGGCAAAGUACUGACCUUUUGAAGCUAUGAACUGGCACAACUUUUCUGGAAGACAAUUUGCAAUUAUGCUAAAACAGUGACUAAAAUGUCCAUAUUCUGACCCUUUUCAUAUACCACGAAAAGGUCAAUGACAAAAAAACCCUCUUGUACACCAAAAUAUUUAGAAUAACACUUUAGAGGAGCAAAGAACUAGGGGGCUAAGUAGAUAAUCUAUGAAAUGGCUAAACCAGUUUGAAUAUAUAUCUGUAAUAGAAUAUUACCAAGCUUGUUGUAAGAGAUAAAUAUAAUGAAUACAGGGAAGUAUAGAAGGAUGAGUAAAUAGAUGCAAAAUGAAGUAGCAAAGUCAAGAAAACAGCAUAUAUAGUGACUAAAAUGAAAAAUGGAAAGAAAACUGAAGGCCAUGAAAGUAAAUAACUAAGCCUGGCCGCCCAAAAAAGAUAUGAGAAAGUACCUCCCUAUCUUCUUUUUUUCAAGAAGUAGGGGGACUGUGACUAUAAAGCAAUGUAUGUUAUGCCAGAAUUUCUCAAUGUUUUGGUUUUUGUUGGACACUUUUUAUUCUUUGUUACUGAAGAUGUUUAAUCAUCUUCAGUGGGUAGAGAGGGAUACAUUAGAGAAUGUAUAUUUUAUAUACAUAGCAAAAUGUAUUUUCAAGUAUUAUAAAUUAAAAUUGUGCAAAUAAGAAAUAUCAUGUAGAACAAAUUUUUAAAAUGAUCUUAAGAUAGAGUUUAUUCACAAUCCCAUAGAAGUAUAUUCUGUCCAUAAUCUCCAUUUGCCAUUCUUACUUCCUGAUACAAAGUACUGGCAUUAAUGUGUCAUCAGCCUAAGGGACAGUCUUGGGUGGUGAAAGCCUGACAUUUGUUUCUAAGGUUCUUUCAAAUCUUAAGAGUCUGUGAUUCCAUGCAAUUCUUUCUUAGCAGAAAGAGCAAGAGUGUGACUAACCCAAAGAAUAUUCUGGUAAGCUUCCUCCCUCAUUCCAAACUCCAGAAGAUUUACCUUCCUGAGCCCUCUGUGGGUUAAAUGUUUGAUAUUAGAAUUUGUAAUUCCUGGGUAGAGUCCAACUGAAUAGGAGAAGGAGGUGGUAUGGGAAAGUUGGGAGGAAACAAGGAGAAACCAACUUGGCUCAGUUAUCAGCAAUUGUAGAGACAAAGUAUUCAAUCAUCCUGGGAAGAGAAUCAAUUGUAGACUUUGUAUCUGUUUAAAAACUGUUAUUAUUCAAGGCAAAGGGACUGAAACAAAUGUAGACAUUCACGUCUAUAUGUCCUGAAUGCACAGUUUUGAGUUAAAUUUUGGCUGGCCACCAAUACCCUGAUAUUACUACUCAUAUACUACACUCUGAUAUACUCACUCUCUUAUGCUUGGAUUAUUGAAAUAGUCUGCCAGUGAAUCUUUACGUAUUAUACUUCUCUUUAUCCAAUUUGAGCCUCCAUUCAGCCACCAAAGUGAUUUUCCUAAAGUGCAGAUCUGACUAUGUCAACUGCCCCACUUAAUAAGCUAAUGACUCCCCCUUUCCAGGUUCAAAAACAAAGUGCUCUAUUUAACAUUCGAUCCCUUCAUAACCUACUCCCACCCUAACUUUUCCAGACUUCUUAUACUUUCCUUCCUGCCUCAUAUUCCUUGAUCCAGUAGCACUGAUCUCCUGAUUGUACCAUGAAAAAGAUACUCUCCUGCUCCAUCUCCCUCUCUGCCCCAGGAAUUUUCUCUGUCUGCCCCCCAUGCCUGGAAUGCUUUUUCUCCUCUUCUGACUACUGAUUAUCUUCAAGUAUCAGCUAAAAAUCCCACUUUCUAAGAAAACCUUCCCCAAUCCAUUUUAAUUUUAGUGCCUUCUCUCUGUUAAUUAUUUUCUAUUUAUCCUGAAUAUAGUUGUUCACAUUUGCUUGUUGUCUCCCCUAUUAAAUUGUAAAUUUCUUGAGAACAGGGACUGACUUUUGCCUCUUUUUGUAUCCUCAGUGCUUAGUGCAGAGACUGGCACAUAGUGGCAGUGAUACUUAAUAAAUGUUUGACUAAUUUUAGUAUAUUAGUUAAAACAAAAACUAAAGUUGGGGAUGAAGUAGGAAAUGAUAAAGUUCAUGGAUUUCAUUUCUUAAUUUCUGAAAACCUAGGAAAAAACUGAUUUUGACUGACUCUUAUGAUAGCCUAAAGAGCUUAAUACUUGAGGGACCCUUCUCUGUUCUUGUCUGCUCUAACAUGGAAUAAUUUUCCUGAUCUGAACUUGGAGGCCUUCAUCUCAGCAGCUUGAUCCCAAUUUAUAGGCUUACAGAAUCCUUUUCCCUUGACUAUAUGUUGCUGGCUAAAAGAUAAACAUCUGCUCCUUUUUUCUGACUAUUUUAUUCAGUCUCAAGUCAGGAACCCUGCCUGCUUUUUUUCAGCUCUUUUCUAAAGCAAUUCUCAUGAGAGGGAUCGCCUUCUUUGUCUUUCCUUCUUGGGAAAGCCCCAAGUAAACUUCCCCUGUCACAUCUGGCCUUUUCUGCUUUUCCAAUUUCUUCUUCUCUCAUUUUUCUAAGAUUGGCAAUCGACUGCCUUGGGCUGCUAGAUUCCUCAGAAAUUCAAUGUACUAUGUGGCUGUUAUCUGCAUUAGACACAGAGGUUAAAGUCACAGCAACCCUUGCACUAGGAAAACAAUGAUCCAUCAUUGGUUUCAUCCCACUCAGAAAUGUAGUUUAACCACAUUCUUUUCUUGGAGUGAAAGACCUUGUCACUGCAGUGAUCCCUGUCUCCUGGGUUGUUUGUCACAAUCUUGAUUUUAAGAAAAGAAAGUGAUUUUUUUUCUGGGUUUCUCUGUUGAAUAAUUUGUUUACAUGUUAUAUACAUUGAGCAGGCAGCAUACAGUUUUGGGACAUUGUCAUUAUUUUUGCUUGUUUUAUUUCAUACUACUUUAUGUUGUUGAGACAUUUUUAAUCAUUAAAAAAUUUGAUUAAGCAUUUAAAA